CAUGCCGGCAUCAUGCCAGCACUAUCCUUUCCGUCCACGCAGUCUACACAAAAAGUUCAAGCGGCAGUCAAGUCGAACUGGAGCCAUAUGACCCCGCCGUUGCCGCCGCUCGCCGCGGCUCCCGCCUGCGCGCGCACGCUGGCCGACCUCCUAGUUGCGCUCUCAGCCGCCCGCGCGCUCCCCAAGGGCCAGCAGCUCCAUGGCCAUCUUCUCAAGGGCGGCCAUCUCCCCGCCGUCGCCUCCUCGCAUGCGCUGCUCGCCCACCACCUCCUCACCUUCUACGCCCGCUGCUCGCUCCCCGAACUUUCCCUCCGCGCCUUCCUCGAUCUCCCCGCUGCCCCCUCCCCCGCCGCAUGGUCCUCCCUCAUAUCCUCCUUCGCCCAGAACGGCCUCCCCGCCGCAGCCUUUGACGCCUUCCGCCGCAUGCUCGCGGCCGGGGUCCCCGCCACCGACCGCUCCAUCCCCCCCGCUGCCAAGGCCGUCGCAGCUGCCGCGGACUCCUCGCGCCCUCCGCUUGCCCCGCAUGCCCUCCAUGGCCUUGCCUCCAAGACGCCGUUCGCGGGCGACGUGUUCGUGGGCUCGGCGGUUCUUGACAUGUAUGCCAAGUGCGGGAACCUUGCGGACGCCCGCCGGGUGUUCGACGAAAUGCCGGAGCGGAAUGUUGUCUCGUGGUCUGCCCUCAUUGGUGGCUACGCGGAUGCUGGGAUGCAUCCUGCAGCGCUCUGCAUCUUCCGCUCGGCACUGGAGGAGGCUGUGCAGGUCAAUGACUUCACAGUUUCGUGCAUUGUUCGUGUGUGUGCUGCAGCCACACUCUUUGAGCUUGGGGCUCAGGUGCAUGCCCGGUCUAUAAAGACAGCACUUGAUGCAUCGCCGUUUGUGGGCAGCUCGCUUGUUUCUCUGUACUCCAAGUGUGGCCUUGUGGAUUGUGCUUACCGGGUGUUUAGUGCAGCACCUGAGAGAAACCUUGGGAUUUGGAACGCAGUGCUCAUUGCAUCUGCACAGCAUGGCCAUACUUCCACAGCAUUUGAACGUUUCACAAAGAUGCAGAAUGCCGGGUUCCGUCCUAACUUCAUUACCUUCCUGUGUUUACUCACAGCAUGUAGCCACGCUGGUCUUGUCGAUGAGGGGAAGCGAUAUUUUUCCCUCAUGAAAGAAUAUAGAAUUGAACCGCAGGUUGAACAUUAUGCUGCAAUGGUUGACCUACUUGGUCGUGUAGGACGUAUAACUGAAGCACUGGACCUUAUUGAGUCAAUGCCCAUGGAACCACCUGACUCUGUUUGGGGUGCACUCCUAAUGGCAUGUCGCAUGUUCAAGGAUGCAGACACUGCGGCAAUUGCUGCAAAGAGACUGUUUGAGACAGGGUCUCGCAGCUCUGGUGCACACAUGCUCUUGUCAAGCACGUAUGCAGCUGCGGGAAGGCAUGUCGAUGCAGCACUUGCAAGGAAGGCAAUGCGUGAUGCAGGUAUACGGAAAGAGACUGGUCUUAGCUGGCUUGAGGCUGCAGGAGAGGUGCAUACCUUUGUUUCAAACUGCAGGAGACAUCCAAGAAGCAACGAAAUUUAUAAUGUGCUGGAGAAAGUUGGUAAGAAAAUGGCGGCAGCUGGUUAUGUGGCAGACACUGGUGCAGUAGUUAAGGAUGUGGACAGAAAUGAGAAGUGCGCAUCACUGGGGUAUCACAGCGAAAGGCUAGCAAUAGGGUUAGGGCUCUUGAUUGUUCCGGAAGGUGUGCCAAUCCGAGUUAUGAAGAACUUAAGAGUGUGUGAUGAUUGUCACAAUGCAGUUAAGUAUCUCAGUAAGUGUACAGGAAGAGUUGUGGUUCUCAGGGAUAAUCGUCGAUUCCACCGGUUUGAAGAUGGGUUGUGCUCUUGUGGGGAUUUCUGGUGAUCUACACCAUUCUCUUUCCUAUUGCCCUUAUUGGGCAGUUUGGCUCACAUGGAUUCAUCGAUUGGAUCUUUCACUUAAAGUACAUUUCUUUGAUAAAUGGAUCUAUGUGAACUCAGAAGCUGAUACAAGUCAUAAAGUUUAUUUUCGCAUAAUAGUGAGGUGAUGGAUUCAAUUUUAGGGAUGCGUGGAAAUUUUGCAAUAAGUCUGGUCACUUAGGAUGAAACAAUUCUUGGAUAUGGAAGAUUGCCACAUAGUGCUGCUAUAUAUUCAGGAUCAACAUGACUCUGUGGCCUUCUUAUUUGCAGUAUUCAUACAAUGUACCAUGGAUCCACUUGAACAUAGCAUUUUUUGUUGAAUAGUUAGAGAAGAACUCAUGAUAUCAUCUUAUGAGUUAUGGCAUCAUACUGUGGUGCAUAUUGCUUUCACAUGAGUGUAACCAUAGCCCCUCACAGAGCGAUCGAACAUUUAGUUGUGCUUGUUUAUUUCAUUUUAUCCGGGAGAAGAUCAAAAUGGGCCACUAAACACACUAUUGUGCAUAUCUCUCCACUGUUGUGAAAUCGACCGCUUCAUGCUUUGGCAGACCCAUGUGUGCAUGCCUUUUUCUUGGGCUUGUCUGAUAAUCUGCAUUUAGUAUGUACACUUUCAUUCCAAUGCCCUGCAAGUCCUAAAAGAGCUGCUUCUCCAGUUUCACCGAAACUGCAAAAGAUUGAUUUCUUUGGAUUGGAUGUUGUCACCUGUAUCUGUAUACUGAAACUGCUGGGCUUAGACAUGCUCUUGUGAGACAGGUCGUUCAACAGGAUAUCCUUAUGGUCAACCUCAGUUCAAUGAUUUGAUGCUACUUCCUUCUGCACAGAAGAAUGACUGAGCAACUUUCCGGGAAGCAUGCUCUCAAUAACAGGGAAAUGAUGGUUGGAUCCUACACUGGUGGUUAUGUCUUUCCAAACAUAAGUUUCAAUUAUUGUAUGGCCAGUGUCACUAUCUGUAAUUCUUCUGUUAAGGAACUAGACUGAUUGUGUACACAAUCACUGGUGUCAUUGGUCAGAGUAAAAUUUUGGGCAGAAGACACUGUUCAUUGCUGGUCCCAAAUGAUGAUUGGUGAACCCCUGUCUUUUGAACCACACAAAGAUAUGGUGUGUUGCACGUUAUUUGUCUUCCCUACUUGUUCAGGCUAGUGCCAGUUGGUAUGAAUAGAAUGAUAGAAUUAUCUUUGGGUCCUUAGUUGAUCCUUGCAAGCUUCUCUAUGCUUUGAAAUACAGGAUGAAUGGUUGCCAGGUGGGUGAGAGAUUUGGUAGGGUUAGAGAGUGACAGGGGAGCUCUUCUUCAACACGCAUAUCAAACUGCAGCCUGCAGGUUUCAUGGGGAAGCCAGCAGCCUAGCAUGUCCUAUAUAUACAAAAGGUUUAAGUUGUGGGCUCUUGUAAGCAACACAAACAGAAGCAUUUCCUG